AUAUAUACGGCUGUAAGUGGCGCGCGCGCACAUUAUUAGCGACAAAUCCGCGCGUAGCCCACGCGACUCCUAGGUCUCAGAUCUUGCGGGCGCCCGUCUCCACUGUUGUAGUAGUCCAGUGUCUCAGUGAAUAUUGUGUCGGGGACGUUGUUAAGCCGUAAAAAUGGAGGUGCUAAAUAGGCUAGUGGCGCAAUAUCAUGAUCUUAUGGACAACAAAAGUGACCAGAGGGUGAAGGGCUGGCUCCUCAUGUCGUCGCCAUUCCCAACUUUAGCGAUAUGUCUCACAUACGUCUUCACAGUCAAAGUACUUGGACCAAAACUUAUGGAAAAUAGGAAGCCAUUUGAACUUAAAAAAGUACUUAUUUGGUAUAAUUUAUUCCAAGUUUUGUUCAGUAUUUGGCUGUUUCGCGAGAGUUUGGCGAGUGGUUGGUUCUCCACGUAUAGUUUCCAUUGUCAACCAGUCGACUACACCAACUCACCUGUAGCUAUGCGGACAGUGAAUGGAUGCUGGUGGUACUACUUCUCCAAGUUUACGGAAUUUUUUGACACGAUCUUCUUCGUCAUGCGAAAGAAGUUUGACCACGUGUCGAAGCUCCACGUGAUUCACCACGGGAUUAUGCCCAUGUCUGUCUGGUUCGGGGUUAAAUUCACACCGGGUGGCCACUCAACCUUCUUCGGAAUGCUAAACACAUUUGUGCACAUCGUGAUGUACUCGUACUAUCUGUUGGCCGCCCUCGGACCGGAGAUUCAGAAGUAUCUGUGGUGGAAGAAGUACCUUACAGCUCUGCAAAUGGUGCAAUUCGUGCUGGUGUUCGUCCACGCGUUCCAGCUGCUGUUCAUCGACUGCGACUACCCGAAGGCCUUCGUCUGGUGGAUCGGCAUGCACGCUGUGCUCUUCUACUACCUCUUCUCUGACUUCUACAAACAGGCUUAUCUCAAGAAAGCUAAUAGAGCCAAGGCGAAAGUGAAGGUCGAGGUGGAUGCUGCCAAGCUGGAGAGCAAGGAAAGGAAGCUGCCACUUCUCAACGGCUUCAGCAAUGGCUCGGCGCUCGGCGACGUGCGGCAGCGCGUGGCCGGCGCUGUCGCCUCGCAGUGACCACCGCUACGCUCACCAUGUACAGAGGAACUCACUUGCAAGGCCCGGCAACGGCGUCAAUACCAUUCAAUAAAGACGACUUCACAAAUUUUCCAAUCUUCGUCGUCGGCCAAGUAUUCUUGUCAUUCUGUACAGGCAGUGACAAUAAUAAUAUGAUAUCUGUUUACGCGAACCAAAGACAAGGUGGUUCGGGAUCUACAGCCUCGCCAGAAACGAGACCCGAUUUUAAUAAGCCAGUUUUUGGGACCGAAUACUUAUAGUCGUGACGUCUGAGAUUAUACUUUCGUGGAUACUCAAGCCUGUAGACUAGUGCUGUGAACACCAAUAAAACAUUUAUCAUGUGUGUUUAGAAGUCAUGUCUUGUUGACGGUCCACGAAUGUGUUAUAGACAAUAUGACCGAAGUGAUUUUGUCUUUAUUUGUCUUACAGAAGUGUCAAAUUUUAUUCGGACCUCCACCUGCCUUUAUACUUACCAACAACGUACAAAUCUGGAUAUUAUUUUAAUGUUUAGUGGGCUUAUUGUCUAUUUCCUGCUAUUGCUAUCAGAUUGCGACAUUGUGUUGACAUAAAACGCUCAAUUAGUUAAGUUUUAGUGAGCUUUAGUAGGUAAUUAAUUAGGUGUAGUAGGUAUAAUUUAUUAAAAUUGAAUUAAUGAAGAUGUGGCCUGGCCGGACCCUGGCCGGAUCCCUUGGGAUAUUUAUUUGGAUUUUAUUUAUCGGGCUGCGACAAAGCCAGUAUUCAAAUAAUUCCAUCAAAUUAAAUAUAUUUUACAUGCAUCUAUAAUUUGAAAUGUAGAACAUGCAAUAGUUUUUUAAUUUUUUAAUUUUGAAUGUUUUUUUUUUAAUUUUGUAUAUAUAAUUUUGACUAUGAUGUGAAUAUUUCGACAACUGAUAUUAAAUUGUUAUUAAGAAAAAAAGAUUUCGUCCAUAUAAAAAUAAUGAAUAAAUAAUGUAUUUAAAUGCAUAAUAUUGACAUAAUAAUCUCAAAAUAUAAAUGUACGAUUCACAAUAUCUUUGGAUUAUAUUUGUAUUUUGGUGUUCCUCCCCUUUAUUUUUUACUUCGUUUUUGUUAUUGUAUGCAUGACUUUACUCAUUUUGGUUUAAUUUUACAUAAAAUACAACAAUCUUUGUGAAUUUCAAAUGUACGUAUAUUAGAACUUACAAUAUUAGAACGUACGCAAAUCUGUCAACUUUCUUUACUUAUUCCUAUGAUUUGUUUAGGUAGUUUUGAGAGUCUAUGCUGUUGUGAUAAUAAAUUGUGAUUGUCGUUUACACCACUGAAGAACAUUGGUUGCAGAAAAAAUAUGGAAUUUCUUUCACCGCUAUCGAAAAUUCUUAAAUGCUACUUAAAAUUAAUAAACAAUAACAUAACUAUAGCUAAUGACCUCUUUCGCUAUUUAUAUUUUUUAUACUCAUUUACUUUCAUUAAACGCCCUUUUUAUCAAAGUAUUUUUUAACGUGAAUUGAAACACAGAUUGUUGAAUUUUAUGAAAAAUGAGUUAUUGACAUUGUAAAUAGUAACAUAGGUUAAAUUUUGGUAUACAAAAAUAUAAAUUUGGGACAUUUUCAAAAAUAUAAUAAUGAUAACCUG